GAUGUUUUUUAUCCGCUGAAUAUCGUCAGUAAGUCAAUUAAUCAUGUUAGCAUUAACAUCUGCUAGCCUCCCCGUUCAUCUCGAUGACACUUCCCCAGACAGUGGUGUGUUGUGCUGAGAGCACUUGAAGAACAACACAGAGAUGAGGACAUUCAGACUUGGACUUGUCUUGGUGGGCUUUGUUUUUUGUUGUGUCUCGUCUAAAGAUGUUUAUGUGUUCCAGGACAUCGAUGAAUGUGAGUUUAUCAGAGAAGAUUUGUCUGACAUGGUCUACACAGUGAAGCUGGUCUUCAACCAAAAGCUUCUGUGCAGCUAUGACUCGAGGUUGGGGAAGUACGUUGGUUACGAUGAGCUUGGGAUCAGAAGUGCUGAGCAUUUCAACAAUCAGAGCUGGAAGAUGAAACAGCGGAAGGAGGAGCUGGAAACAAUAUGCAGAGCUAAUGCCAGACUUUAUAUCAAAAGUGAAAAGAGAAAGGUGCCCCCCGUUGUUACUGUACGCUCCGAUAGUAAAGCUCGUUACGGUCAGCUGACCACGCUGGAGUGCCAUGCGUACGAUUUCUACCCCCAGGAUAUCAACAUCACCUGGCUGCUGGACGGGUCAGAGGUCACUGGAGACGUGGUCUCUACUGAAUUGAUGGAUAACGGUGACUGGAGCUACCAGAUGCACUCGUACCUGGAGCUGGUGCUGCACAGAGGAGUCCCAGUGAGCUGCAGAGUGGAGCACAGCGCUCUGGAGGAGCCCCUCGUCUCUCAGUGGGACUCGACCUCUCUCGAAACCAGAAUCAUAAAGUUAGCUGUGGGUUGCUCUUGUUUCUUUAUCGGCCUUGUUGUGACUAUUUCUGCUGCAUACUGGCACUACAAGAAACGGCACAGAGGUUUUACCUCUCUUGCCCUCAAUUGAGAGCUGGGUUGAACCAUUGAACAUCCACUCUGUGUGUGUGUGUGUGUAUUUAAAUAUUUUAUUUCCAUAUUAUUGCUCAUUUUAAUAAAGAAUUAAUGGCUUAACUUA